AUGUCGCGCAAUGGAAGCGGAUUCCAUUGGGAGUUGCCAUUUGUGUCGGUUGCCGACUUUCCCGCAGACAAGAUUGUGCAGGUCUUGUCUGACCAGAAAGCGGCAACGGCAGCCCUCAUGGCUGAGAACAUAAAGAGCAAGGACUUGAAGAAGUGGUUGGGCCAAACAGUGAAAGUUGUGGAGGUUGACAAGAAGGGGGUGAAAUGCCAGCAGGAGCCUGCAAUAGGCCGGAAAGACUUAGUCAGCCGCAACCUGUGUGGCAUCUACCACGCAGUGCAUCGCCGAAUGGAUGCCCAGAGCAAGCUGCAUGUGCACGUCUUCUGUCUUGAAGCCUCAGAAGGUGCAGAAAUUUGCUGCAGCGAAGCUCGUACGGGCAGUGAGCUUGUUCUGAUGCAGAGUGGCGCAAACGGCCUGUUUUGGUGUACGCUACCAGUCAGCGCUUCUUUCGAGAACAUGCCGCAGAAACUGACAUUCACUCUGAACAAGGACAAGCGCAUGGGAGUCAUGGAAAGCCUGGAAAGCUUCUUUCGUGGGCGCAAUGACCAUGGCAACCUAUUGCAGAGUGAUGUGGACGUCAGUCGGCAUACAGAGCCUGGCGACUCGCACUUUUUCGGCCAUGUGGCCUUCGAAGGUGCAAGCGGGGAAACGCUGUCCGGGGUCUUGGACGACUUCGCGCAGCUGUGCAAGCAAAUGCGGGCGGCGCCCAAUCUGGGAGACUACCUGGAACUGCUCACUGGGCCAACUUGCCCCAGUCAAGCGGUGCUGGCAUUCUGCGCGGUCGGGCGGCUGGUGAGGCUUCCAGAUGCAGGCUUCUUUGGCAGAGGUGAGUUGGUGAUGGUGGAGAGCCUCGGCCUAAUCCACAAGUUGCGUGCCGCCAUCCCCGCAGCCCCUCUCCUUAAAGCCCCCGAAAGCCCCUCAAGGGCCGAGUCCCUAAACCCCCCAAACCGAGGCCGCGAAAGCAAGGCUCCAAGAAGAAUGCAAGCCACGGUGGCCCAAGUGAAGCUGGGGUGUUCGAAGUGGUGA